CACAUAAAUGCCCGAUUCUUAAGAAAAAACUUUAGGGAUUAUAUCUUUCCAGCGAAGCUUUAAGCCAUAUCAAAUAUUGUAAUAGUUUUGAAAAGCAGUGGCGUCAGUAAAUAUAUCAGUGUCUUAAUCUGUUUAUUAUUCCAUUAAAACAGUUGUCAAGAUAAAAAGUUAUUAUUAAUAAAGAUCUGUUACAAAAGAUUUACUGUUUGUAGGGUUGUUGAAUGGUCACAUUGAAAAUGUUGAAAAUUGCGCUGAUAUUUGUAAUUUGUGCUUGCACAGCACAUAUUGUUAGCUCAGCUGCAGUAGAAACAAGUGACAACCAAUUGGUUUUGCAUCAACUCCGUCGACUACAAAGAGACUUACAAGCUAGAGGCUCAGUAGACUUGUCAAUAGACAACAUAAUAAACACGGUUAUAAGCACGGUCAUAAAUGUUGUAUCAAGCAUACUUAUUAAAGCUUUUUGUGGUGCUAUAACACCUUAUUUACUUCUCGUAUCAGUCUUUAGAAGUACAGUUAUCAAAGCUCUUAGUUUAAUUGUGCAAUUUUUAGGUGAGGUAGCCACAUCACUGUUGCCAGCUUUGUCUGAUACUGUUACACAAAUUACUAGUUUCAUAUCUACUGUAGAUUCCACAAUUGGUAAUGCCUUAGAUUAUGUAAACAAAGCAGGAUGUUCUGUUUCAGUGUAAAUGCACCUUUAAUGUAGUUGUUUAUGUAAAAUGUGAAAUAUUAAAAAUUUUAUUUGGG